AUGGUUCUUACAGUGACUGACUUGGCUGCGAAGGGGAACGGAGGGCUGGGAGGGGAUGGAGACACCAGAAUCUCCGCAUCUUUUGUAGACUGGUUGUUAGAUCUGGUACGUGAGGCUACUUCUGCUUCCGUGAUUCUCGAGAUGUUGGUGGGCAGUUUGCAACCGCUGUUGAACCUCCUUCUGGUGCCAGUAGCAGUCAUCUCGCUAAUUGCAUAUGCUGGAGGCAAGGCACUGCUGCGGAAGACCCUUCCCUUCGGAGCAGCUGUCUCGACAUGUGUUCUUCUGAAGGCGAUGGGCGAGGGCUUUGGGCCUCCAUGGAGCAGCUUCCAACCCAGCAGCGCAAUUGUGGUGGUAGUGCUACUAAUGGAGCCUGGCAUCACAGUCGAGCGCUUGCUCUUGAGAGCUUCGGAGCGUGUUGUGGGCACCUGCAUGGGUUGCGGGCUGGCAGUGAGCAUGGCCCUUCUUAUGGAUAUCUUGGGCAAGGAGCCCCUCCAAAUCUGCAGCUUCUGCUUCGCAUCCUUUACUCUCUUCGGCGCGGUGCAGGCUCAUCAUGGUGUUAUCCCAUUUGUGUUCUCGGUGAUGUGCAUUGCAUGUGCUGUUGUGAUAUUUGGCUACAUGACAACUGGCUGGGCGUUCAUUCGCAGCCAAGUUGCAUCUGUCCUGGUCGGUGAGAUUGUGUCCUUGUCGUCGUCUUUGCUUUUCGAAGGUUUGUUGGGAGAUGCGGCAAGUUCACGCUCUCACGCCCACGUUGUGGAAAUCGCAAAGGAAAUGGUGGACAAAGCUUUUGUGGCCAUCGAGUUGGUGUUUGUUCACAAUGAAGCCGCUGCCUUGCGUGCCGCAGGUAGCAGUCCGGCCCGUCAAUUUCGGGCUCUGGGCCGCCGGCGCACAUUCAGCCCCGGCGUUCUGGAGCUGCUUGCCCACGAAGGACCGGAAGGUCAUGGACGCGCUGACGAGCUUGGCUGGUUGGAGAGCCAAGAGGCUGGGCUGGAGACGCGCUCCAGAGCCUGCCUGGCUGACAUGGCGGCUGUCGAGAAGCUGUGGGGAUGUCUCGGCUUCGGCAAGAGCAGCAUUGGUGUUUCCCAUUACAGCGCCGUGGUUCGUCAAGUGCACUUUCUGUUCCUGCAAGCCUGUACACUUGCACGCAAUGCCCCUCUGAAUUCAGAAGUGCGUGGAGAGGUGAGGCAAACCUUGGACGAUGUGCGCUUCAACAUGCUGGCAAUGUGUCAGCCCUUGAAGACAUUCUUGGACGGACUCAACGCUGUCGCUCGGGUUGCGAAGUUCGAGGCAGAGAUGUUGCGUAUGUGUGACAUCGUGCAAGAGGUGCACACGAAGCUGGAGUCAGUAUGGACGGUCUGUAAGCAGCAGUGGCAAUCUUCAUGCCAGAGCUCGACGGUCUCGACUGCCAAACGAAUUCAGUCAGCGGUACAGCUGGCAAAGCAGAAGCGCUCGGCAUCCGCCUUUUGCCAAGGGUUGGACUCCAUGCUUGCAGCUGCUGUGAACUUGGUGCGAGAGCACAUUCACAUCGGCUACCCCAAAGCCACUGAUGCUGGUGCAGUUAACAUCCUUCACCAACGCUUGGAGGACAUGGCAGGCCUGCCACCUGUCUGCCAGCAGGUCGACUAG